CGUUUAGAGUUUAGACAAAACCAGAAUCCACGCUUGCGGCUUGUUUUCAUGUCUUCCUUCAUAUGUUCAAGCCAUAAAUAUAGCCAUAAGGCUUGAUUUUGCUGGGGUUUAGGUCGUCUUGAGUUCUUGCCGAGUUGCCGGAAAUGCUAAAACUUAUUUCACGGCGGCGCCACCACAAACAACCACCAAUCACCUUCAUCAUUUCCCGCCAAUUAACAAAAUCCCAUUUUGAAGACGACCCCCCUUUCUCCCCAAUCCCCAAAAAACCCCAAAAUCAGCAACCCCACAAACAAGAUUCACCAAACAACAAACCCCAAAACAAUUAUCCUCUAAAGUCCAACUUACCCUUUGAUUUCAGGUACUCAUACUCUGAAACAAACCUAUCUGUUGACCCAAUUGGGUACCGGGAAACACCCAAGUUCUCACCUUUCGGGCCGGGUCGGCUUGACCGGAAAUGGACCGGCACGGCGGCGCCGUUGCAGGAGGUGGUGGAUGUGAUGAAAGUUGAAGAAGAGAGGAGGAAGAUUGUUGGGGAACCGUUGGAUGAGGAGGAAGUGUUGGAGCUUGUUGAACGGUAUCGGCAUAGUGAUUGCUCUAGACAAAUCAAUUUGGGAAAGGGCGGGGUCACUCACAACAUGAUCGAUGACAUCCAUAACCAUUGGAAAAAAGCCGAAGCUGUGAGGAUCAAAUGCUUAGGCGUCCCAACUCUUGACAUGGACAACGUGUGUUUCCAUCUCGAGGAUAAAUCUGGUGGGAAGAUUAUAUACCGACAAAUUAAUAUCUUGCUAUUGUAUCGGGGACGACACUAUAACCCUAAAGAUAGGCCCGUUAUUCCCUUAAUGCUGUGGAAGCCGUAUCCACCGAUUUAUCCCAAGCUUAUAAAGAAUGUUGCUGAUGGGUUGACGUUUGAAGAAACGAAGGAAAUGAGGAACCGAGGACUUAAUUCUCCACCCGCCAUGAAACUAACAAGAAACGGCGUGUAUGUUAAUGUGGUAGAGAAAGUGAGAGAGGCCUUUGAAUCCAAAGAAGUUUUAAGGAUUGAUUGUACCCAUGUGGGUAUGAGUGACUGCAAAAGGAUUGCUGUGAAGUUAAGGGAUUUGGUGCCUUGUGUCCCUAUCUUGUAUAAAGAUGAACAAAUCAUCAUUUGGAGGGGGAACAAAAACCUUGUAGAUGUUGUAAAGUAAAAGCGCGGUAUCAUAGUGUUUCAUCGUUAAGAUAAACGUAAUUGGCUUAAGUUCGAUUAGGGAAGGCUGAGGUUGCCCAAAGAAGCAUUUGAUCGAACAGUUGGAGGGCUUUGUGUACGUUGGUGACUAUGGGAGGACCAAGAGUAGGGGUGAACAUGGGUCGGUUUGUUUGUUGUUGAUCAAAACCGCCUCGAUAACUAAUGUUUUGCUUUUUAGAUUUUAUAAGAGAUCGGUUUCGGUUACAA